CAGCAGCUCAAGACCAUGUACGACGAAGGCCAACUGACCGACAUCGUCGUGGAGGUGGACCACGGCAAGACCUUCUCCUGCCACCGCAACGUGCUGGCGGCCAUCAGUCCCUACUUCAGAUCAAUGUUCACUAGCGGCCUUACUGAGAGUACCCAGAAAGAAGUGCGUAUAGUAGGCGUUGAAGCUGAGUCAAUGAAUUUAGUAUUGAACUAUGCAUAUACCUCCAGAGUCGUACUCACCGAGGCCAAUGUCCAAGCUUUGUUCACUGCGGCAAGCAUCUUCCAGAUCCCUUCCAUACAGGACCAGUGUGCUAAUUAUAUGAUAAGUCAUUUGGAUCCACAAAACUCUAUUGGGGUUUUCAUCUUUGCUGAUCACUAUGGUCAUCAGGAGCUAAAAGACCGAUCACAAGAGUACAUUCGUAAAAAGUUUCUAUGUGUCACCAAAGAACAAGAGUUUCUCCAUUUAAGGAAAGACCAACUCAUCAGUAUACUGGACAGUGAUGACUUAAAUGUCGACAAAGAAGAGCACGUUUAUGACAGUAUCAUCAGGUGGUUUGAACAUGAACGCGAGAGAAGAGAAGCACACCUUCCAGAAAUAUUUGCCAAGUGCAUCCGUAUGCCUCUGAUGGAAGAUACCUUUGUUGAGAAAAUUCCUCCCAUGUUCGCAGAGGCCAUCGUCCAGAAGGGGCCGUGUAGUGCCAAUGGCUACACGCAGAGGCUCGGGAUGACUGCGUCGGAAAUGAUCAUAUGUUUUGAUGCUGCCCACAAACACUCAGGAAAGAAGCAAACAGUGCCUUGUCUCGAUAUAGUCACAGGGAGAGUGUUUAAACUAUGCAAACCACCCAAUGACCUGAGAGAGGUGGGAAUUCUCGUGUCCCCAGAUAAUGACAUUUAUAUCGCAGGAGGCUAUAGGCCAAGCAGCAGUGAAGUUUCCAUCGACCACAAGGCAGAGAGUGACUUCUGGAUGUACGAUCAUGCUACAAAUAGAUGGCUACCCAAAGCUCCUUUACUUCGAGCCAGAAUAGGCUGUAAGCUGGUUCAUUGCUGUGGGAAACUCUAUGCAAUAGGUGGGCGUGUUUAUGAAGGCGAUGGGAGGAACCCCCUAAAAUCUGUGGAGUGUUAUGACGGCAGAGAUAACUGUUGGACAGCUGUUAGCCCAAUGCCUGUAGCAAUGGAGUUCCACAGUGCUGUGGAGUAUAAAGAAAACAUCUAUGUUUUACAGGGAGAAUCUUUCCUCUGCUAUGAUCCUCAGAAAGACUACUGGGGCUUUUUAACACCUAUGACUGUGCCUAGAACCCAGGGCUUAGCAGCUGUAUAUAAUGACUCUAUCUACUACAUAGCUGGAACCUGUGGAAAUCAUCAGCGUAUGUUUACCGUGGAGGCCUAUGAUAUUGAGCUAAACAAAUGGACUUGCAAGAAAGAUUUUCCGUGUGAUCAGUCCAUCAAUCCAUAUCUUAAACUCGUACUUCUCAAUAAUAAACUCCACUUAUUUGUUAGAGCAACUCAAGUAACUGUUGAAGAGCAUGUCUUCAGGACCAGCAGAAAAAAUUCACUUUACCAAUAUGAUGAGAGUACUGACCAAUGGAAGAAAGUCUAUGAGACUCCAGAUCGUCUCUGGGAUCUUGGUCGUCAUUUCGAAUGUGCCGUUGCUAAACUGUAUCCCCAAUGUCUUCAGAAAGUACUUUAAUGGGUAAUAGGCCUUAGUAUUUGAGUAGCAACUAAAACUUGAGGUGACAUGUCUUACAAUAAAACAAAGGCAUUCUGUCAGUAUUUAAUGUAAGCUGAAAGAGUUGUGUACGUCAUGGGGAUGGGUGCUCUUAAAGAUUGCAAUGUGGGGAGGGAUUUGCUCUCAUACUUGUGAUGUUUUCAGUUCAGCAAGGGGACGGUGACAAAGUGCAAUUAUCAGCAUUUUUUCUGAUAUAAAUUUAAUCAUGUCAUUCUAGAGGGUUUCUGUGAUUAAAAGCAACUAAGAUGUCAGAAGAACCAAGACAACUAUGCACUACUGCAGAGGCUUGGCUAGCAUUACUGGAUAUGGAUGUCCAAACUGGUUUGAAGUGACUUUCUUUUAAAUACGGGUAAAAAUUUGAGGCAAUAUCACUAGGUCUUUACUUUAGCUGUGACUUAACCAACAUAGAGGAACACUACAGUAGGUCCUGAUUCUUAAUAUUUAUACAUUUUUAUGUAUGCUAUUUCAAGUGUACUGAGAUAUUUGUUAUAUAUUCAGCUGUUACAAUAAGUUUUGAGAAAAUAUUAAUCUCAGAAAAAAAAAAAAGGUGUUUGGGGUAAUUGUUUAACAUUUCCUAUGUGGCUUUAAGUCAACCUGAUGAUAAAAAUGAGCAAUUUUCUGGCGACAAAAUGUUUUCAAGUGCUAACACUUGUC